AUGGUGCUGCGCCCGUGCUCCGACCCGGCCGGCGCGUCGAGAAAGACGGACGGCGCGCCCGUCAAGGCCGAGGAACCGGCGGACCGCCCCAAGAGCGGCUACAAGUCGUGGAAGAAAAAGUACCGCAAGAUGCGCAUCGUGUUUGACCACAAGAUGCAGCAGGGCGAGGACCUGCACAAGAGGGAGGCAAAGGCGGCCGCCACGGUCAAGAGACUCGCCGUCGAGAAUGACCGGCUCCUGGACCUGCUGCUCGACGUCAACAGCUCGCCCCAGAUCCCGCUCGACAAACGCGUCGACGUGUCGCUGCGGCCGGGGGCGGCCCCGGCGCGGCUGGUCCUCCCCGCGGACCGGGAGCACGCCGCCCGCAAGCAGCUCGCCGUGCGACGCCUCGAGAGCCUCCUCCAGGACAUCCCGCACCUGUCGUUCGGCACCGCCCGGGACGCCAGGUCGAGCUACGUGGCGGACCUGGCGGCGCCCGAGGGCGAGGCCUACCCGGGCAGCUUCCUCUCCGCCGACGACGUGGACAACUACAUCCACGACGUGGACAGCGCCAUGGACCCGGAGACGCACAUCCCGACGCUGGCGCCGCGCGCGCACCCCAACCCGCCGCCCCUGCCGCACCCGCACCUCAAGAACCCCACCAGCGUGACCAACUGGCUGCGCAAGCACGCGCCCAAGAUCUUCCUCCAGGACGGCGAGGGCCACGACGGCGGCGGCGGCGGCGGCGGCGGCGGCGACGACGACGGCCACCACCACCACCACCACCACCACGCCGGCCACCACGCCGGCGGGCGCAAGACCCGCGCCGGUCGCGGAGAGCGCGGCCGCGGCCGCGGCCGCGGCAAGCGCGCCAGCCUGGCCUCCAGGGCGGCCGAGCGGGACCGCGGCGCCGACUGGGACGCCAGCAUGGACGACGACGCCGACUUUGGCGCGCCCGUCGCCCGGGGCAAGCGCAAGAGAGACGACGACCGCGGCUACAGGCCCGGCGGCUCGGCCACCAGGCCCGUCAAGAAGAAGAGGCGGAGCGACGUCGACGCCGGCCCCGCCGUCAAGAAGAGCAAGAAGGAAGCCACUGGACCCAAGAGAGAAGACUAG